AUGGAUGGGUCUAACAUGCCUUUCGACUCAAUGGAUGAAGAUAGCGACGAGGAAUUUGAUGAUGAAAUAAAUAUGAUAUUGGUUGUGCUAGACAUAUCAGACAACGAUGAAAACACCAAAAUGCCGGCACACAACUUGCCAUUACAAGGGGCCAUGUAUAUAACAUGCAUGCUGAACGGUAACCCAAUGUCGUAUAAGGAAAUGUUUCGUAUGGAGCCACUGGAGUUUAUAGCUUUGUGUAGUGAGUUGAGGGAGCGCCAACUCAUGAGGAGUACAAGGUACCUUGAUGUUGAGGAAAGUAUGGCUAUAUUUCUUAUGAUUAUUGGCCACAGCCAGAGGCAACGAGUCAUGUUAGAUCGCUUUCAACAUUCUACUGAGAUAGUAAACCGCCAUUUCAAGACGGUGCUUGGUGCAGUGGGUCGUCUGGCGAUGAUUUACAUUAGAGUUCGACACAAGACUGUGGUGUACUCACAUGUAAGCGGUAAUCCUAAAUAUCAUCCUUGGUUCAAGGAUUGUAUUGGUGCGAUCGAUGGCACACACAUAAAGGCGAAAGUCCCGGUCGAGCACCAAUGCCUCUUUCGUGGUCGGAAAAAUGAGUGCACACACAACGUUAUGGCAAUAUGCAAUUUCAAUAUGUUAUUCAUGUUCGUGUAUGUUGGCUGGGAGGGAACAACCAACGAUGGUCACAUUUUUAAAGAUGCUAUUACAAGUGACAACGGUCAUGAGUGGCCCACAAAUGGGCACUAUUAUGUGGUUGAUUCCGCGUACCCAUGCACGCGUGGUUUUUUGCCUCCAAAUAAAGGAAAAAGGUACCAUCUCAACGCGUUUCGCAACAGGCUUUUGCCACGUGGGUAUAAGGAACUGUUUAACUUCAGGCACUCAUCGCAGCGAAUGAUCAUCAAGAACUGCUUCGCCAGAUUGAAGAGGAGAUGGCGUAUAUUAAAUGGUAUGCCUGGGUACUUAUUGGUGCAUCAACCUACCAUUAUAAUGGCAUGCUGCACACUACACAACUUCAUCGGGGUACACAAUCCGAAUGAUGAAAUCUUCAAUGGCACUGAUGCAGCAGAACCAGAAAUGGACGUCGAUUAG